CGCAACCCUACCGGGUUGCCUAAUGUGCCGCGGGUCGAACCCAAACCCGACCCCUGCCCGCGAGUGUUUCCUCCUUCAAAAAAAAGCAUCCAAACAGGGGUUAAGACUUUGAGUUAUUGGUAAGUUCAUAUACAGAUUGAGCUCUCCAAUCUCUGUUCUAAUGGCGACUCUAAAGGCCAAAAAUUGUCUCGUUUCAAAUUCAAACCUUCGUCUGAACAACGGCAAUGGAGCGAAACCCAAGACUAGGAUCGAAUCGUCUCUCAAGAAAAUGUCUGGCCACUGGGAUUUUCUGGACGAGAUUGAGGCUCCAAUGUGGGUGGAUCUCUCUUUGGAAUCCAAGUCCGCAGAUACGGAUAAAGAUGAUGAGUGGUUUUACACAAUCCAUUUGUUCCAUCAAUCUUCUGCCAUGGAAUUGAAGGCUGCAUUUUCUAAGAUUGGAGAGAUGACUGUGGAUAUGCAACAGCCGUCUCCCCCAAAUCUCCCGCCAUCGGUAUCAAGAUCAAGAGGUAAAGAUUACAGAAACAAGGAGUGGGUGAAGGGGAAUCAGAAGAUAACUCUGGACAAGAAACAUCCAAUUACGAACUUAAGCAGUAAUUCAAGCGGUACUAGUGAUUUCUUGUCAGCUCUGGGGAUGAAUAGGUGUGCAACAAGACUGGGAGCAAGGGCGGCUGUUAAUAGUUACAGCCAAUCUGAUGGUUGGAAAUCUCUUUCGUGCAAAUCAAGCAUGGGAUCUUCAAAUCCUCACAGGGAGGAUAGAAACCUGUCAACGGGACAAUCUAAAUACAAAACCCCAGAGAGUGUAAAUAUUUUUAAAAUGUCAAAGGGUCAUCAGCAUACCAACAUAACACAACAAAACCCUUUACUUCCUAAAAGAUGCAACAUAAGCGUGCUUCCAGAUGUGGUUUCAAAGUCUAAAGAGAACAAAGGAAGCACGUUUAAAAGACCUGUGACCAGUGGUAAAGAGAAUGCACCGAGGGCAAUGUAUAGGAGUCAGGAUUUAAGCAUCAAAGAGAGGGCAGGAGCUACAGUUAGAAUGCAAGCUCCUAAAUUUUUAAAGGAAAGAGUCCAGGGAACUAGUGCCAGAACAAUACUGACUGAUUCAAAGGUAACACUAGAUAAGAAAAGAGAAGUGAAGAGUUCUUAUAAUAUCGGUAAGGUCUUCUUGAGAUGAGAAUGAUCAGCGUAGAUUGUUACCUGCAAUCUAGGUAAGGCAAUAAAGAAGAUGAGUAAAGACACUUCUUCAUGGUUCAGGUACUAAAGAGCCCAUGUCCGGUUUUGUUCACUUUAGGGCAGUAAGGGCACUGGCCUUCAUGGCAUACCCUUAAAAUGGAGCCAACAACAGUUCAUCAUUUGAUGACUCCUCUUGUGAAUAUAUGGUGUAAAGUGACCCAUUAACUAGGUAGCUGAGAACAAAGAGUUAAGGAAGAU